AUUGACAGCAUACGUCGGUAGCCGUGCGUUCUAUUGAAACGAGCGUUCUGGGAACCGUCUUGGCUUCACAAGAAUAGAAUUUCCAUCGCGUUGCCCGCCCAACGUUUGCUCUGCAGCUUUUCCACCCACAUGAAAAGAGUCUCAAAGACCGGCUCACGAUCUUUAAUAUAUCAAGACAUGAUGUUAUCCCUUCUUGCAUUCUUCGGCUUCCUCCUUGCCCUCGCCGGCGCAUCCCCUGCCUCCACUCGAGACAUCUCUGCAAGCACAACAACAACAAACACCCCCACCACACCGACACCCUGCCAUUACAAAGCCUUCGACAAACCGUGGAUCCUCAAAGAUAUCACCAUCUUCACGCCCUCCGGUCAGGGGAACUCGUCAAACGCCACGGCGCACGGCACCGUCAGCUUCCACUUCUGCGACCGGAAUGCGCGCCUGCUCCUCGAGACCGAUUGCUCGGGCGAUGUGAUCGGCGAUGCAUGCGAGGCGGGCGACGGCGGUUACGUGUCUUGCGAGAAUGCGAAUGUGGGCUUCAAGCUGGCAAGUGGCGGCGUGGUCAUGGUAGAGCGAUGGUAUGAGGAUAACUGCUUGGGCCCGUAUCCAUACAACUCGGGAGAGGCGUUUGGACAGAACACUACAAAGAUGAGCAUUCAGCAGGGAGCGUCGGGCACGUUGGCCUCGCAGUCGGAACUGCUGGUGGAGAUUACGGCGAUGGCAUGAGGGCGGCCACCAUCCGUAGUGGUCAGACAAGCAUCGUAAGGGACCGGCACAGUUGGAUCCAAGGGGCA